CUCUUGAAGUGGAUAUAACCUCCCUGGCAAGAGACUUCCCCGCACCAUCAUGACCGAGCUCGAGUUUGAGAAGAGCGCCCAACUACCCCCUAGCUACUGCGCUCACGCGCACGCGCCCUGCACCUGUGACUCCGUCCCAGCCAGUCCCAGCGCCAGCCCCUGCUGUCACACAACGCACGACCAGUGUACGGGGCACACGCUUCCGCGCACUGUGCUCGCCUCCCCAGCCCCCGCCCUCGUCUACCCACCUACCGACGCCUUCUGCCCCGCCACGGGCGGCCCUCAUGUCGUCCGUCGCCGCCAGGGCGGCGUCAGCAUUCUCCUCAGCGUCGUCACCUUCCCGGUCGGCCUCGCCGCGCUCCCGUUCGACAAGAAGCAGAGCUGCCGCCGGUGCAACUUCGUGAUCAAGGAGGCUUGGGGCGGAUACUGAGGCCUGGAAAUUGUAGUAUCGGCGCCUAUGAAUCUUGUUCCUAAGGAG